CCAAGUGGAACAAGUAUACCACGGUCGCCUCCUAGAAACCAAUAACGCCAUAGCCGCCGCCUCUGCCUCUGUCAGCACCUCCUGCAUCCCUCGACGCCUCCACCAUUCCGGAAGCAGUUCGACUCCAGAGAUCGCCCCCACGCGUCCACCACACCAGCUUCUUCGUUAUCUCAUGGUCGUAGGGAUUGAAAUUCUGGACUCCUACUGAAUACCGGCUCUAUCCGGAAUCCCCAUUCCUGAUCAGAUGUGCCCGAGUGUCAAGAAUUCUUCUCUCUCCAUUCGACUGCUGCUCCUCGUUCGUUGGCUUGGCAUCAAUUAACUCCGCUGUCUUUCUUUCCUCUCUCUCCUCCUCUGCUGCAGCCGAAGGGAACAGAGGUACACAAGAGGAAUUCAGCUAUGCUUCCUUACAGAGUGACGAGCUACCUUUGGAGGAAGUAUGCUGAUUAUUUAUACACCAAGUGGGAAAAGAACGUCUUGUGGACAAUGGUGGACCCGUACAGGCGUCCCAAAUCCUUUACUCCUUUAGUCACGAUAUAUGUCGCCGCUUUCUACACUGGGGUCAUUGGAGCUGCAAUCACUGAGCAACUGUACAAGGAGAGAUACUGGGAAGAGCAUCCUGGGGAGGCAGUGCCUCUCAUGAGGCCAAAGUUUUAUGGUGGUCCUUGGAAGGUCUAUAGAGGGGAUGCCCUGCCUCCGAAUAUGUGAAGAAUGGAGCUGAGUUCUUCUGGAGCUUCUGUGUUAUAUGUUUCUUCUUUUGGGUUAAAAAGUGAUGUUAGUCCUGUAGAUUUACUUAGCAAGAUGAAUACCAAGUAUAUGUCGUUUUCAGAGUAAACUUAAAAGAAGUUGAUCGGGAGUUUGUUUCCUCAGGACAGUGUCUUGAUUGAAGGAAUGAUCCUCUUUUAUGGUCACAGUUCGUAGUUUCUGUUA